AUGUCCUCAGAGGCUUCACCACCACCACGCCGGCUCGCAUCGUCUCCUCGGCAAUUGUCUAUAGUGAUGGAUGGAGAUGAAAAUACCCCUUCAACUUCCCGAAUGACUCGUUCAAAUGCAUCUACUAGACACAGCACUGGUGAAGAUUUAGACUCAUCUCGGUCUACUAUUCCGUUCCCCUCAGCGCAGAAUGAGCCAAACAAUGACCGACCAGAGGAAAGCCAAGGAAACUUCUCAGCGGUUAUCCAAGCUCUUCGCAGUAUUGUGCAAACGCCACCUCCCAGCGACGAUGGGCGCAACCUGACCCCAGUUCCUCCUGCUUCUCCCUUGCAAUCGUCUUCAACACCUCAGCUUGCCACACCUCUUCAAGUACCUAAACCGUCUCUACCUGCGUAUCACUCUCCGUCGGAGGACCUUUUGCAAGUGUCGACUAAUCCACCUCGUACUGGUUCCCCUGCCCAUGGUACUCCGAAACAUACCCAUACGACUCGGAGCACACCCACCAAGGGUCGUUCUUCGGCCGGUUCCCGCUCUCGAUCCCAAUCUCCCCGCCGGUUCUGGCCGUUGUCUCGAAUAGCUUCACCCGGGGAGCCUUGGGAAGCCAAGGAUCCGUAUAGGCUCCACCUUCAGUUGGACAAACUCCGUCGACGACGGGACACCAUGCUGAAAUGCUGGGACCAAGCGCUUCGCCAAAUGUACCGACAUUUCCUUUUACGCCUUCCCAGUGUUUAUUUCACCCGGGUCAGCAAGGUGUUUGAAGAGGCUGAGCUCAGUCGAGUGGAAGUGCAAAAGAUGAUCGAUGCUAGCAAACGUGCCCGGAAUAGGAGAAUACGGCGUGGUCGGCGGCAAGCACAAAGUGAAAGCCAAGCGUCGCAGGAUCUUGACUUUUGGCCGAACGAGCGGGAAUGGACCACGCCGAUCGUUUCUCCGUCGUUACAGCGUUUCAAGCAAAGCUGGGAUGAGUUUAUGGACUCUCUUCAGAAAGAAUGGAAAACCUUGAAUGUGGUGUCUGCACUGCUUUUGUCUGCUAUUUUGACAAUGUUCCAGGUCGAAGGAAGUGAUGAACCAGUUAUGCGAACCGCAGCUCUAAUUGCGCUUGUUUGUGCUUUGUGGAGUCUGACAUUUGGGUGCAUCUACAUCCUCCGUUUUUCCACCAUGCGAAGCAUGCAUAAAGCUUCAAGAUGGGCCGAAGAGGCACAAAAACACACGACCGGUAUUUGGUGGAAUGUUUGGGUCUUCCUUUCCUUGCCCUCGGUCUUUCUCGCGUGGUCGGUAAUUUCGUUUUGCACAGCCAUCAUGGCGUUUUCUUGGACAACCGGGAGUGUCACCCCGCCGUCUCCUAUUUCCGACAAGGCUGCCAUCGGACCGAGACUCGGAAUCACCACAGUCUUCCUCCUCGGGCUGGUUUAUUUUUACAGGGCUGUUAAAACCUUGAAGAAAUACGCAGAUCCGCUUCCUCGGCAUUGGGCGCUCCAUAGCCCUACCCCUAUUUCAGCGCUUGACCCGAGCCCAGGGACCGAAAUUCCGGAACUAGACCUGGAACGUGCGGAAGGUAUCGCACUGGGGAAUGUCAAGGACGCCGCUGACCGUGCCGAAGCGGAGGAAGAGGCUCAGAGGGAUCGAGAGCGCGGAAGAGGGAUGAUUCGAGGUUUUAGGAAUUUUGUGUGGUAG